AUGAAGCUUCUGCUGCUGAGUAUGGGCUUGGCCCUGGUCUGUGGCCUCCAACCUGAGUAUAGCAGAUCAGAGGAAGACCUGUCAGAUGAAAAGGAACAAAAAUGGGUGCAGCUUUCUAGACACUGGCACACUGUUGUAUUGGCCUCAAGUAACAGAUCUCUGAUUGAGGAGGAAGGUCCCUUUAGAUAUUUUAUCCAAAAUAUCACCGUACAGCAUGGAAACUUGCAUGGAUACUUUUUAACAAGGAAAAAUGGUCAAUGCAUUCCAUUAUCUCUUACUGCUUUCAAGACUAAGGAAGCACAUCAUUUUAAAUUGAACUAUUAUGGAACUAAUGAUGUCUACUAUGAAAGCUCUAAGCCAAAUGAAUAUGCCAAAUUCAUCUUGUAUAACUACCAUGAUGGGAAAGUGAACAUUGUGGCAAACCUCUUUGGCCGGACUCCAUAUCUGAGCAACGAAAUCAAGAAAAAAUUUGAGGAAGAUUUUAUAAGAAGAGGAUUUAGGAAGGAAAACAUUUUAGACAUAUCUGAAGUUGGUUCCAAGCUUCUCUCCUUCCAUUCUUGA